AUGAACAAGCAAGAGAUUUUGGCACUGCUUGUGGCAGAGUUGCGCGCUAAGUUGUCAGAGCUAGGUCUUAGUACAACCGGAAGAAAAGGCGAAUUGCAAAACAAACUACUUGCUCACUAUGGUUUGCAAACUGAUGAAAACGAUGAAGUUGCGAUUGAAGUGGAUGAUGAUGAGGAUGGAUCUUUUACAUCAGUGAAUUCAGACAAUUACCAGGCAGGUGCAGGUGCAGGAAAUGGUGCGCACAGGGAAAAUCGAAUUGUAAGCGAACAGAACAGUCGAAUUGGAAAUGCGAACACAGGUAGAUCGUGGUUUACAUUAAAGGAUGUAGAGGGGAGUGUGUCACAGUUUUCGGGAACUGGUUCACCUGACAUUAAUCAGUGGAUCGAGGAACUUGAAGAGUGUGCACUUACGGUUGAAUGGAGUCAGUUGCAGGUGUUUAUAUAUGCAAAACAAUUACUCAGCGGAGCGGCUAAGCUUUACGUUCGUAGUCAGCGUAAAAUUGGCAAUUGGGGCUCACUGAAAGCUGCAUUGCUAGAAGAAUUUGGGGUUAAAGUUACAUCGGCAGAGGUUCAUCGUAGACUUGGCAAGCGACAACAAAAGAAAACCGAAACGUUACAAGAGUACCUGUACGCGUUAAUGGAAUUGGCGAAGCCAAUUGAUUUAGACGAUGAAAGCUUGAUCGAAUACUUUGUCGACGGUAUUCCAGACUCGAAAGGAAACAAGGCUUUACUUUAUCAAGCCAAGAAGCUAAAGGAGCUGAAAGUUCAAAUCGAGGCAUAUCAGAAAAUGCGAGGAUCGGUGAAGCACGUCAAGUAUGACUCUCACUUUUAUAAAGGUGAAAAGGAGACAGUGAAAGCAGUUGAGAAGGUUAGGAAAUGUUUUAACUGUGGUGAUGAGUCUCACAUCAAGAAGGAUUGUCCAAAGAGAGACAACAAGUGCUUUAGGUGCAACCAGCCAGGACAUAGAGCAGCCCAGUGCAAGGUCGAGAUAGAAACUAAACAGGAAAAGGCAACUAAUCUAGUGCAGAUGGAAGGCAGAGUGAAGCCAACAAGCACGUUCACGUCUUCGGGAUUGGAGUUGAAGCAUGUUUCGUUUGGGAAAGUAACCUUCAAAGGAUUAGUAGAUACAGGAGCAGACUUGUGUUUAUUGCGACGCAACGUUUUUAUAAGGCUCGGAGUAGAAAACCUAACAGGAGGUGAAAAAUGUUUGACAGGAAUUGGGGAAAGCCAAAUUGUGACUUUUGGAAGCCUGACAAUACCAGUGCAGAUUGAUGGCAUCAAUCUCAACGUUGAGUUCCACAUUAUAUCGGACGAAGACAUGGCAUUUGAUGCAAUUUUAGGUAGAACUCUUCUAGAUAGUGUCGAUAUGAAAGUGACAAAGGACGGAACCGAGUUGGUUCGAAGAUCAGACAGUCGGGUCGGUAAAGGACAAAAGUUUGAAGUUCGUGAGAAAGAGAAAAACGGAAGUUCAUGCUCAGAGCUGCUGAAUGAAUUUCAGAGUUUGUGUAUGAUGACCAUGGAGCAGGCAGAAAGCAAGCUAGAGGUAGACAUUUUACAUUUGCCGCACUCGCAGAGAGGUGUUGUGAAACGCAUGAUAGACGAAUACAAACCAAUUAGGAAUGUUCAUUGUCCAGUCGAGAUGAAGAUUUUAUUAAGCGAUGAUUUGCCAGUUUUUCAGCAUCCUCGACGUAUCGCUUUUAGUGAACAAAAGGUAGUUGACGAGCAGGUUCAGGAGUGGCUUGAACAAAGGAUAAUCAAGCCCAGUACUUCAGAGUACGCUUCUCCGAUCGUACUCGUGGCAAAAAAGAAUGGCCAGAAGCGAUUGUGUUGUGACUAUCGCAAAUUGAAUGAGAAAAUAGUGAGGGACAAUUUUCCUAUGAUACAGAUGGACAACGUGAUUGAGAAGUUACAGGGAGCGACAAUUUUUACGACACUGGAUUUGACCAACGGUUAUUUUCAUGUUCCGGUAGAAGUAGGCUCCCAAAAGUAUACCUCAUUUGUUACACAGAACGGACAGUACGAGUUCUUGUAUGUGCCGUUUGGCAUUUCAAACUCGCCGGCAGUUUUUACGCGUUUUAUAAUGGCAGUUCUCAGGGAGCUCAUCAAAAACGGUGACGCAGUGGUUUACAUGGAUGACAUUAUAAUCCCAAGCAGUGAUGUCGUAGAGGGAAUAUAA